AUGUCCUCCUCCUCCUCCUCACCUUCUUCUUUGUCUUCUCUCCAACUUUGGUUCUUACCUGAGCUCAAACGUGCCUUCCCUCUCGCAGAGGAUUGGUUGCUCGACGGAUUAUCUCAAACCUGCGUCGCGAGCAGGUCGGUUGAAGAAAUGUGCGACGCCAUGCGGAAUUUUAUGGGAGAAGAAGAGGCCGUCGCGGAAGCGCUGCGAUUGAGCGAGAUGCUCUUCGAAAAGAAGAAAGAGUAUCAAGAAGAGGAGAAAAAGACGAACUCGCCGUCGUCGUCAUCGUUUCGCGACGAUGGUGAAUUAAAGCUCAGAAAAGUGAAAGAAAAGACAAAAACGACGAGUGAUGGUGAUGGUGGGAAAGAGGAGGACCAAAAGAAAGGCGAAGCGAAAGCGUACAGGAAAUACGACUCGAUCGAGAAACCGUCGCGCACUAACGACCAAACGUCGUCGAAAGCAACACAUUCGGUGGUAAGAGAACAUCGUUCUAUACUGGUGAAGAUGUCGAAGAAAAAGAGCAGUAGCGCGGAGGACGUGGGGAAGCGGAAGGACCGGAUGAAAAAUCCAGGCGACGCUCUCGAGGUUGGCGAUUUGCUCAAGCCGCGCGCCGCGAACUGCUUGCGAUGCGGGAAGAUUUUUCGAUUCGAUUUGGACGCGUCGGGGGCGGUCGCCGAAAACGACGCGAGGGUGUUUUUAGAGAGCUCGGGGAAGUGCACGUUUUGCGACGCGUUUGUGAAUGUGAAGUUACGCGACGGUUUGGUUUGGAACGGCGAAAUCGGGUACGCGACUGAACAAGAACAAGAGGAAGACACAGAAGGCGGGAAAGCGGCGGCGGAGAGAUUAAAGGACCAGCUGGUAUCGUUUGAUCGUUCCGGAGCGAGUCGAACGAAGGUUGUGGACGACCAGUCGGAGUGGUACGAUCACGGGGACGUGGACGCGGAAGCGUGGUUGGCAGAGGACGAGCGAAGAGCUCUGAAACACAAACGCGACGCGAUGGAUCAACAGCAAAGAGAGAGAGAGUUGGCGAAAAAGAGAACGUUCGGUAUUGACAUACUCGGACGCAAGACGAUGAUUUUGGACGAGGAGGAGUUGCAAUUAAUUCGCGAGCGAGACGAACGCGCGAAAUUAGCGAUGGAAAGCGCCGCGUUGAAUUCAAUGAGCGAGUUCGCGCAAGGCGGUGGAAGCGCGGUGGCUACCGCCGCGGAAACCGCCAGAGAGUUAGAGAGUAGACUAGUGAGAACCGAGCAACCGACGUCGGAGAUUAAAGAUUUAGCAGAUGAACGAAAAGUGCGCGUGCCAAAGAACAAAACGCUCAAUCUUGUCGCGACGUUUGUGAAAUCGUUCAAGGACAUUGCAUCAUCAAACGCCCCGCUGGAAGAGAAGGAGAAGCGUGCAAAGAAAAAUGACAACGACGACGACGCGUUCAGCCGCCUCGAGGCGGACGCGCCGAGACGAGUUCUCGAUAUCAAUCCGUUUGACCAAAUAGCGCAAGAAGCCGCCGACGCCGGAUUAGGAUUCGUUUUAUAG